AUGUUAGAAAGCCUUUCGAAAGGCAAGUUUCGUUGGAUUAAUGAAAAACUUUAUACAUCGUCGAGUUCCUCUGCCCUGGAGCUAUUUCAGAAUAAUCCUCUUAUGUUUGAUGAGUACCAUCAAGGUUUUCGUUCGGCUGUCAGUUCUUGGCCCGUGAACCCUGUCGAUAUUUUUAUAGAUUAUUUAAAGGGAAAGCCAAAAGAUUGGAUUGUAGCCGAUUUAGGUUGUGGUGAAG